AUGCCUCGCCUUUCAAGUCUCGUUUCCCAAGACAAUAUGUUGUACGAUAACCGUAGGACAAGAGCUGCGGAUAAUUUGUUCAUCGACACUCUAGUGGAGUCGCAUGUCCUGGGCUCUUGGACACACGGUCAUCCCCCACUUCAUGUGUUUGAGUAUUCCAAGGCAGUGAUGAUUGGCGAGCUGGAAGUUGUUUUCAGGGUCGAAGAACUUCAAGAGAGGUUCAGUUUCUUACAGAGGCACUAUAAUAUCUUCUCUUGGACGCUCUGCACUCACGGGGGAAAAGACGUCGCGGCCAUGGAAAUCGACGAACAGAUUUCGACCGCUUCCGAUCAGAUAAAUAACCCCAAAUUUUAUGUCAAUGUGCUGCAGCUCCUGAAAUCGGCUCAGAUGCAGCAUGGAUUGCGCUUCGGUGAUUAUACUCGUUACCGGAGGUAUUGCAGUGCACGGCUGAGAAGACUAUACAAAUCGUUGAAGUUCACGCAUGGCCGUGGAAAGUAUACAAAGAGAGCUGUCACUGCAUCUACAGUGACUGAAGUCAGGUUUCUCCAUUUGGUUUUAUAUACUGCUGAAAGAGCAUGGGGUCAUGCUAUGGAAAAGAAAACACUACCGGAUGGUCCAAAUGCACGCCAGAGGGGCUACCUUAUCGGAAGGCUAAGGAAGGCAGUCAAAUGGGCUUCCAUGUUUCAAGAGUUGUGUGCCAUCAAGGGUGAUUCAAGAACAUCGUUGGAAGCAGAGGCUUAUGCCUCCUAUAUGAAAGGGAGUUUGCUAUUUGAACAAGAUCAGCACUGGGAUGUUGCCUUGAAGUGUUUUAAAAGUGCUAGGGCUGUUUAUGAGGAACUGGGGAAGUACGGAGACCUAGAGAACCAAGUUUUGUGCAGAGAGCGGGUAGAGGAACUUGAGCCUAGUAUUAGAUAUUGUCUGCAUAAAAUUGGGGAGUCAAAUUUACAGACUUCUGAACUGGUCCAUAUCGGAGAAAUGGAAGGGCCUGCCCUGGAUCUUUUCAAAGCUAAACUGGAGGCUGUUAUGGCUGAGGCUCGAUCACAGCAGGCUGCAUCUAUGACUGAAUUCCAUUGGCUUGGUCAUAGAUAUCCUGUCUCGAAUGCAAAGACUCGGGUGUCCAUACUUAAAGCUCAGGAGUUGGAGAAGGAUGUUAAUGGCCCAGCAGCUGAUACCGUUCCUGCCGAAAAGAAGCUAGUCAUAUUUGACAAAAUAUUUGCUGCUUAUAAUGAAGCCAGGAGCUACAUUAGAAAUGACUUGGCUACUGCAGGUAACUCUGAGAGCAUGAAAGACGACCUGAGUGGCCUUGACAAAGCUAUUGGGGCUGUCUUAGGAAAGAGAACCAUUGAACGCAAUCAGUUAUUAGUGAGCAUGGCAAAAAGUAAGCUCAAUAAGGCUCGUGAUGAUAAAAAUGAGAAAGUCACGAAGCCUGAAGAGCUUGUCCGGUUGUAUGAUCUCCUGCUACAGAAUACUGCUGAUCUUACUGAUCUGGUCAGCUCAGGAAGAGAUAGAAAACAAGAAGAAGUGACAUUUGCUGAGGAAUGUGAACUCCAAAGUUUUGUCUUCCGUGCAGAAAGUUAUUGGGGUGGGCUUAGGUCAGAUGCGAUGAUGGAUGUCAAUGGCUGCAGGUGUUUUUACUUGGCCAAAUCAUACAGUUUGGCUGGAAAGAGGGCGGAAGCAUAUGUUUUAUUCUGCCGAGCUCGGACUCUCGUUGAUUCUGCUCUUAAAAAGCUUCAGAGCUUGAGCAACACUGAUCAGGUUGAGAAGCUACUGAUGGAGAAUUUGGAUGAAUACGAAUCGGCUGUUGGGGAGCCCACCACAAAGCAAACUCCUCGUAUAGAAGCUUUCCCACCUCACUUCCAGGCAGUGCCCCGAAAUCCUAUUGUUCUUGACCUUGCCUACAACUCGAUUGAGUUCCCAUCACUCGAUCACAGGAUGAAGAAGGAAGUCAAGGGAUUCAUAAGCAGGCUCUGGAGAUGA